AUGCUCUUCACUAAGCUAUCCAUCUUCUCCGGCCUUGCCGCCGUCGCCAUCGCCGACACAACUAUCAACGUCGACAACCUGCCCCUCGAAUGCAAAGACGUCUGCUCUCAAGUCUCCGGUAUCUCCAACGGAUGCAAGACCAACAGCAACGAUCAAGAUGCCGCCAUAAAGUGCGUCUGCAGCGCCAACAACGCAUCUAACCUAAUCCCCCUCUGCUCCGCCUGCAUCGGAAAAUUCAAGUCGGACAAGUCCAACAACGACGACACGGCCGUCUCCAGCAUCCUUUCAGAGUGCUCCCUCAAGACUACGGCCUACAACGCGGCGGCUAUCAGCGCGGUUGCUAUCAGCACCGAUACUGUUAGCACAACCAAGACGGACGUUGUGAGCAAGACUAGUGUGGCUAUUAUUAUUACUAGCACAAGCACACAGGGUGCGAGUGCGACGAGCAACCCGGCUCCGGCUAAGACUGCGGGUGCCGCCAUCGGAAUUGGGGCUCUUGGUUUUGCGCUGGAUGUGGUAAUCUGA